CUAGCUCUCCUUUGCCUUAAUCUCUCACUUUUGUGCCGAAAUAUCCUCCCCCUCUAACUUAAAUGUCUGACUACCUUACCUCCACUAUUGUAGCGUUUAGUUUUUCAAUUACCUCUGCUCUAAUGCUGCUUUUCCUUUUUGUUUUUGUUUUUGUUUUAUUGGUUUAGCGGCCAUGCGGGCAGUUGGAUGUGAGGGGCGUUGGCCCGUGGAAAUGAGGGGCGUUGACCCGUGGGAAUCAGAUCGUCAGAUAAGAUUACCUCCUAUCUUUGCGCGCGUGCGUUGCCCAAUCCGGUUAAUCCAAUAUGAUAUACUGAGGCAUGAAGGUGGGUGGAUCGGUCGGCUUUGGGCUCUGGUCUGUCGGCGGGUUCUAUGUGCACGGCAAGUCCCACAGGGCAAUGCAGAGCGACAUGGCCGCUUGCGACGUGAACGUCUCCUUCUCCGCACUCCUCGUCAACAUCAACCGCCCCUGGCUGUACGGCGAGCUGUUCAGCGACGUCGACCUCGAGGUCGCGGACGGCAUGAAGCUGAGCCCGGGCCCGCUCAAGCUGCACCAGAUGAUCAAGGGCCAGAAGGUCGAGGUCAUCGCGCUGUGGAACCAGUUCCCGGCGUAACCUUACCCGACCUCCUUCAUCGUCGCCGCCGACACCACCAUCGAGUUCCGCGACGCCACCAAGCACGUUGAGGAGCACUUCGACUCGCACAGCAACUCCUCCCGCGGCGCGUCGGUCGGCUACGGGCCGUGGUCCGUGUCGAGCAGCUUCCAUGAGUCAGCGAGCGAGCAGAGCAUGCAGGUCCGUUCCACGGCCACCGGCUGCAAGAUCAGCUUCGGAGCGCCGCAGGCCAUCGCGUGGGUGAGCCAGAUUCUUCCGCCUCUGCCGCGCGACCAGAAGUUCGACCCUCUCACAUAAGACGGUGGG